AAAAAAAUUAUAUUCAACGAACCUGCUUACGCUAAGUUAGAAAAAGAAAAAAUGUACAGGAGGCUGAAGUCCGGGUUCGAAUCUCCCUUGCUUACAUUCGAAGGUUGAUUCUCUCCAUUCACAAUUGUGGCAGGCUUCUAGGAAGAAACAGAGGCGGUGUUAAAAGUUGGACAGGAAUGGCGUUGCAGUGGGUGAUGUUGGGUUACGUGGUGGCAGCAGAGGCGCUGCUUGCUCUGGCGCUGACGAUGCCGUGGCCGCGGGCGUGGAUUUCUCCUAUUGUCACCAGCAUUUCUCAGUUGCUCCAACCCUGCAUCGGCAUCAUUCCCUUUGCCGCCUUCCAACUCCUGGACAUCUACUGGAAAAAUGAACAUCGACUGGUCUGUACCUCUCAUGAAUGCACUGUCGAGGAGAUGAAUCGAUAUGAAAGAUCCAUCUAUAAGGCUCAGAGAAAUGCUAUACUUUCAGUAAUAGCAUGCUUUCUUUAUUGGAUUCUUUAUCGUGUAUGCAUAUAUUAUAAUGAAAUUCGGAAGCUUGAAGAUGAAAUUAAAAGAAGAAAAGAUGACUAGUUGUCCAGAUAUCUUCUGUUGGCUCUUCGGAAGUGGUUAUGUUAUUGAGAAAUUCACCAUUUAUCUUGUGAAGAUAUGAAAAAUCAUUUUCAAGUUUCUCUCUACGAUGUGGUAAGCUUGCUCUGUAUUAACACCAUAUUGUGCAUAUUGUGAUCCCUUGGGCUUAUGAAGUUAUGAAUUAUAUGGUUACUUUGGUAUGAUUCUCAGUUAUAGUGCAAAGAAUGUUAUAUUGCAAGGCCACUCCCAUACUAUGGAGAACUAAACUUUUCAAUAAUCAUUUAUUUUGAAUGAUGUCA